UAUGUCAUGAUGUCAUAAUGUGGUAAGCCAACCCUCUGUUUAAAUAAGACACACCGGUGCAGCGCUGUCCACUGGGUAACUAGGAAGAAAGCUGUAAAACAAUAUUUUGCCGGAGGGAGUCAGUUCUAGUGUCUGUGGAUACAAUGAAAACCUGGAUUAUUUUCCCACUACUGAUCCUGGAAACAAUUGUUUUGGAUGGCGCUGUAUCAAGGGGUAAGACCAGGAGGAAGCGAGACUGGAUCAUAGACUCUUUUGAGAUAGAGGAGGAACACCCAGGUCCUUAUCCUUACCUGGUGGGAGAGAUACACCUUGAGCGGAAAUACCUUGUUGAGUUUCACAUCAUUGGACAGGGUGUUGAUAAAAACCCAAUGAAUUUGCUAAAAAUUGACAAAAAGACGGGCACAAUGUGGGCAAAUAGAAAGGUGGACUUUGAGGUUUACAGACUUCUCAAGCUGCACUUUGAAGCCAGAAAUACCACUGGGGAAGUGGACACGAGACUUGGAAUUGAGAUAAAAAUAAAAGACAUCAAUGACAAUGUUCCAGUGUUAGACAACAACUAUGAUAUCACUGUGAGUGAGUCCAAAAUGCAAGGUCAGGAUAUUGUCACAGUGAGGGGAGAUGACCUCGAUGAUGCGAAAACACCAAAUGGAACAUUUGACCUGAGAGUUGUAUCAGUUAGCCCACAAGAUGAGGACAUUGACUUUGUCCUAAAACAACAAGACCAAGCUGGAGUAAUCACACACAAGGGAUGCCUCAAUUAUGACAAAAAUCCGAAAUACACAGUCCUGGUUGAGAUAAAGGACAGGGGUGACAAAGUUCAGCUUUCCAGUACUGGAACUGUGGUCAUCAAUGUCCAGGACGGUAACAACCAUCCUCCAGAAUUCACUGGUCACACUGGCUCUGGAAAAGUGAAGGAAGGAGAGUCCGGCGUAACUGUUCUACGACUACAGGUUUCUGAUAAGGACACCAAAGGCACGCCUGCAUGGAAAGCCAAAUACACAAUCCACGGAGAUCCACUUGGAAAUUUUGCAAUCUCAACUGACCCAGAAACUAAUGAAGGAGUUUUGACAGUUGUAAAACCUCUAGAUUACGAGCUGGGUGCCCUGAAACGCAUGAAUGUCACGGUGGAAAAUGAGGAGCCUUAUUUCACCUGUAAGGUCAAGGGUCGCUCUCCAACUGGGCUGUGGGACGUUGAGUGGGUUGGAGGUGACACUGGCACGCCUCCCCCAAUCAUCGCUUACCCAGUAAACAUCGCUGUUGAGGACGUCAACGAUCCUCCCAUCUUCUUCCCCAAGGUCAAAAACAUAAGGAUAAUGGAGAACUCCCCUGUGGGAACGUACCUGGAAACAUUUGCGGCUGUGGACGACGACAAAAUCCAUGCCAACAGUUUCCACUUUGAGGUUGGAGAUGACCCAGCUGAUUGGGUUACUGUGAAUUCCACGACAGGCGAAGUCAAGUCAAAACAAAUCUUGGACAGAGAGUCAAAAUAUGUCAACAACAGUAUAUAUACCGUGCUGAUAAAGGCAGUAGACCAUGGAACACCUCCAAUGACUGGUACUGGAACGCUCAACAUUUUCCUGAUUGACCAAAAUGACAACGUGCCUGUUUUGGAUAAGACGGACCUGGCCGUGUGCCUGUCAGAUGAGUCCACCUCAACCAGCAUCUCUGCACAAGAUCUGGACCUCCAUCCCUACAGCGACCCCUUCCACUUUGACGUUGUUGGAGACGAGAAAGGAAAAUGGAAGAUUGACCCUACUUAUGGUAUAAGUUUGCAUUAUUCAAAGAAGUGCACAACAGUAGAUCUGGUGAAGGACAACUCCGUUUAUGCAGGUCACCACACGGUGACCUUGAAGAUCUCCGACUCCCAAGGUCACCACUCCCUGCAAAAUCUCUCCAUCACCGUAUGCGACUGCACAGACUCUCCGGGGUGCCUACUGCAGAGGAGGUCAACGAGUCUGGGUGCAAGUGGCAUUGGCAUCAUUUUACUCGCCCUGCUGCUCUUGCUAGCAUUGUUGUUGCUGGCAUGCUUACUCACCUGCAAGAAUGAAAAACUCUUCAUCCCAGCAGACGACGGUCCCCAAUGGCAUCUGUUGCACUCCAACAUUGAGAAGCCAGGAACUGACUGCAAGAUGCCUUUAUCAGGUGGAGUGGAGAUGAUCACAAAAGCUGAAAAUAUUAACAAGAAAAGCACAAAUCCUACUCUACCCAUCGGGAAGGACGUGCCAGACUUUGGGAAUGGACAGGCUGGUAAUGGAGCAUUCUUUGAAAGUGGUGGUGUAGUUCUAGGGGAGAAAUGGGAGACUUCCCAGAAUGUAGGGACUUCUCAACUUGAAACUAGAGAAAACUUCUAUGAGAGUAAAAGAUGGAAGAGUUCAAUGAGCCAAGCUGGGAGGUCAAGUUGGAGGUAUAGAUAUGAAGAGGGAACUAUGAUAGACAGAAACGGUUUCUUUCUGAGACAAGAAGAAUUAAGUAAUCAACUCAUCAAGAGGCUUGCCAUGCUGGAGGAUUUCCAGGAAGAGCUGGGCCACUACGAUCCACAUGAGUACGCGGAGGAAGGGGACCCGGCGUCUGAACCCGAGCUGGACGCCAUCUCCAUGCCGGGCGGCCAGGACCUGGACGACACGGACCUGCUGCUCCAGGAUCUGGACCCAAAGUUCAGGAGGUUGGCCAACGUGUGCAGGCCAGACCUCAUGGAGACCUCGUGAACUGCUGCAGUGCACACAGUGUGUAUGGUUUUUGUGUGAAACGACUGCUGUCAGAAAUGGCAACCUGGACUGGAAACCUGGACCGGCCCCUAAGGCAAUGCUGCGGGUGACUGUGUAUGUGCAUGUGUGCGUGUGUGGGUGUUUGCGUGUGCGUGUGCGUGCGUGUGCGUGUGUAUGUGAGUGUGUUUGUGCAUGCGUGUGUGAGUUCGUGCAUGCGUGCAUGUAUAUGUGUCAAUGACAGACAGACAGACAGACAUUGUAAUACCUGGCCAAUCCCCCCUGGGGACCAGGUAAAUAAGAACCAUAUUGUCUUGAAACACUAGGGGGCACCGUGGAAGUGACCAUACACAAUACAUGUCAACUCCCUGGAACAGAAAACUGCAGGCAGUUAAGGGAGACAGAAAUGCUGAUCGGCUAGGUAGGUGUUAAACAUUGGAAGUCCCGUUGGUGCUCUGCACAGUGUAUCAUCAGAAUCUGUUUUCUAGUCAGCUGGCUGUUGUAUCUGCUUGCAUGGACUCUAUACUCUUUCUAGCACACUUUAGGAGAAUAUAUUGUCAUGCACAGGACCUCAGAAUUGUUCAGAGGUGUCAAAAGUAAAAGUAAAUGUAAAAAACACAGGUAACUGGACUGAGUAAUCAGUAGGCGUGUUGUGUGAUGAUUAGCUGACUUCACUGGUUGGAUCAAUUUUACGAUGGCUUCUUGUUUUGUUUUUAAGGUGUUUCUGUUAUAACAUGGUCUAUCUCAUUAGGUACAAUGUCGUAAAUGGUGUAACAGCUGUGUAAAAGCAUGUGCUAGUGUACUGUACUUACACCAUGAAUUUACUAUUACUUUUACUUUUGACCUCUUUUUUGACUGGAAUUGAAGAGUUCAGAUGCAAAAACCCCUAACUCCAUUUCUGAAGACCUGCACUUCUAUAUUUUUAGAGAACCCAGUUGUUGGUUUGGUUUACAUUCAUGUACUUGAUAAUACAUAUAAAUAGUUAUAUUACAUAAAUACAAUUUUAAAAUAUGCAAUUUUGAUAGCUUUGUAUUAAAUAAAAUGAAUUAAGAUUAUUUUCUGAAAAGGCACUUAGGGGGUUUUGCAUCUGAACCCUUCAAUUGUUUGCUCUCUAAACAGCAUUAGGGCUUAUAGUCACUGGUUACAAGGCCACUGGAUACCAGCCACUAGCGGUACACUAGCGGUCCAGCAACAUUUUGUAAACAAAGAAACCCUUGCAUUCCUCAAUCUGAACAGACUGGACUCAACCCUCUUGAUCACCCUCACUUAAUCAGCUGAAAUGGCCGCACACCAAUAAUGGAGAACCUGUACACAAAACUGGAGGUAUACUGUACAUUUAUAGGCUGCCACUUUGCUGUACAGCCUAAUAGCUGAGAAAUCGGUGCUCUUUUCGGUUUUACUAAAUGGGCUACUGCAAUUGCAUUGUGCUUGUUAUUUUUUUAUUUUAUCUUGCACAUUUUAUUCCAUUUUGAUACCGUCAAAGAUGAAAGAACAAACAGUACACCAAAUGUAAAAAACCUCAUGUCAAAGAUGUUGCUCACGUUGUACUAUGAAGUGCAUUCAUCUGCUUAAAAAAAAAGUUUAUCCCGCCUCAGUGAGGUGGGAUGUGUACACAUUUACGUACUCUUCAUUUAAUAGACUCAUGGUCCCACACUGCAGUGAAGACUUCAGACAUUCGAAACCAAAGUUAUUGACUGAUCUUUUAUGUGAUGAAGGAAAGGUCUUUACUUGUUAUCACUGAAUGAAUGUCACAUCUUACUGUAAUGUACUGGUGCAGCUGUGUAAUCUUUGUAUUACAGGACUUCUAAAUUCUUCUGUUUACCAUGGCCAUGAGUUCUUUUCGGGAAAAUGCUGGUAAAAAGGCCUUUGAUUGUGCAUACUGUAACUUUUUUGUAAAUACUCAGGGUUGUUGUUGUUGUUGUUGUUGUUGUUGUUUUUAAAUAUAACAAGACGUUUGCUGAUUUGCAUGCAUAGACAAGUUUCAACGAGGAUGAUCUGUUUAAAAAUAUCUGGUGGUUAAUAAAAUUGUU